GUAUCCAUGGACAUAAACAACAUGGAGGACACCAGUGGAAGUUGACUUCCUCAGACACUUUAGAGAUAUUGUUGUGAUCUAGUUUGACUUCCUUUCAGGUAUAUUGUACAGGAAGUCAGAUUCAAAGCCAAGAUGUCACGAGCACAAGCAGAAAGUGUCAUUAAAAACAUCAUUAGAGAAAUUGCUCAAGAAUGUGCAAGCAAAGGGCAAGCAGUAUCAGAGACUCUUGUUGCAUUCAUGGUGAAAGCUGUUGUGUUGGAACCAUCAAAUGAGUUUAAUGUUGAUCGAACAUUAACUAAGGAUGAUGUACAGAAACUUAUCAAGUUGUGUGUGGAGCGGCUCAUGGACUCCAGGUCUCCUUCCCUUGAUACAGUGAAAAUGCAGGUGUACUUUGAUAUGAAUUACACUACUAGAUCUGAUUUCCUGGAGGAACACAGGCGAGUCCUGGAGUCUCGUCUACAGCCUGUCAUCCGAGAGAUCACAGACAGUAGGGCCCGCACUCGCGAGGAGCUCGAGAGUCUGUAUCGUAAAAUAGUGUCUGCUGUCCUGUUGAGGUCUGGCUUAGGGAGCCCCACAGACAUAGCUGUGGUCAGGGAGGCUACAGCUGCCCUCCAGAGUGUGUUUCCUCAGACAGAACUUGGCACAUUUAUGUCACUCACCAAACGAGACAAGGAAAGACAACUGCUGGAGCUCACCAUGAUUGUCACCGGUAUCCGACUGUUCAACAAGGAAUGUGGCAAGGGAGGAGAGGGCAUAGAUGAUUUGCCUGCCAUUUUGAAUGAGGCUGUGCCAGCGACAACACAGAAUGUUGACUCCGAGGUGCAGGCUACACUUAGAUGUGCUGCCAAUUAUACAGCAUUGAUAGAGAAGAUGCAGAAUGCUGACAGUCAAGAAGGCCCUUCAACACAACUCGUCAAGGACUCCCUCAUCAACACCCGACAACACGAGGCCUUCCUCAGGGUCAUCUUAAAUGAUGUGAUCAGCUGUGCUCAGCAGGUGGAGCAGCUAGAACAACAGCUGGCCACAAGGAUGGAACAGCUUCAGGCCACUGUCCAGUCAAAAACAGCUGUCCCAACAGCCCAGGUUUAUCCCCAGUUUAUCCACCUGUCCCAGCUGUGGAGCUGUUUCCAGGAUGAGAUGGUCCUUCUCAGUGUUCUUAGUAACAUCCUCGCCAGCCUGGAGCCAUUCUCAAGGGGACACAGAGAACUGUUUAGUGAUGAGGUGUUAGCUCCCUUCCUAGAGGGGGCACCAAUAAAGACAGACGAACAACGACUACAAGAGACAAGUGGACCUGAAAACCGAAUUAAUCCAAAAGAACUGAAAGACUUUGACUGGCUCUAUCAAGAAACAACAAAGAACUUCAACAAACUUCCCAUUCAAUACAGAGCUUUCUGUGCGUGGGCAUUAGGGAACUUCGACCGUCUGCUGAUUCCCAGUAACCCAGAAAUAGGUGUCCUGCGAUAUAAGGACCACUAUUAUGCAUUCUCAUCUAAACAAGCUGCAUAUGAGUUCACACAAAAUCCAGACGGGUAUAUACGAUUGGUAGCAGAAGGUGCUAAGAAGAGUCCGGAGCUGAUACAACUUUUAGAACUACAUACACAAUUUGCCUCUAUUACUCCAUACUCACAGGGUAAGGACCAGGGACGUAUGAUAGAGAAGCCUGUUACUAAGUGUGAUAGCGGUACACAAACAGACACACAUCUCCUAGAGGCCAACAUCGUCAAGUCCUACGAGUGGAAUGAAUGGGAACUCCGACGGAAGGCCAUCAAACUAGCUAACCUGCGAACACGUAUAACACAUUCUGUACAGACCAACCUCAGCAAUAUGAGGAGAGACACUGCCAUCCAAGUCUGGCCACCCAAAGAAAACACGACCCAGACAAAGACUGAUGCCUACACCAAUGUCCCCCGCCCCCAGGUGUUCUUGGCAGGCCUGAGAGGAGGCGGCAUGACCACCUCCACACAGAUGGAGAAAGUCGACCUCACAAUAGAUGUCGACCAGACGUAACCCACCCAAGUGGGACCACUCUAGUACAUGUCUGGAGAGACAACCUCGCCAGAACAUUCCUCGGACUUUCUCUGUGAUAAUGGAUUUGUACUGUAACAGUGAAAAUUCAUGUGAUUUAAAGUAAAUUACUGGUAUUAUUUUUUCCAUGCAGAAUUUACUUUGAACAAUAAGCCAACUACCUUGAAUAAAUAUUUAUUAUGUACA